CUUCUACCUGUGAAAUUUCGAAACUUUCGAUCUCUCUCUCCCUCUCUCUUUCUCUGUUAGACUCAAUUCCUAGCGAUCCCAAUGGCGCCCAAGGCCGAGAAGAAGCCCGCCGAGAAGAAGCCGGCCUCCGAGAAGCCGGCGGAGGAGAAGAAGUCCGCCGCCGUCGCCGAGAAGGGCCCGGCGGAGAAGAAGCCCAAGGCCGGCAAGAAGCUCCCCAAGGAAGGCGGUGGCGGCGCCGCCGACAAGAAGAAGAAGCGGGCGAAGAAGAGCGUGGAGACGUACAAGAUCUACAUCUUCAAGGUGCUGAAGCAGGUCCACCCGGACAUCGGGAUCUCCAGCAAGGCCAUGGGCAUCAUGAACAGCUUCAUCAACGACAUCUUCGAGAAGCUUGCCCAGGAGUCCUCCCGCCUCGCCAGGUACAACAAGAAGCCCACCAUCACCUCCCGGGAGAUCCAGACCGCCGUCCGCCUCGUCCUCCCCGGCGAGCUUGCCAAGCACGCCGUCUCCGAGGGCACCAAGGCCGUGACCAAGUUCACCAGCUCCUAGAGGGUCUGUAAUGAUGCUUGGUUUCUUGCAGAUAACGAGGAAAUAGGCUAAUUUUUGGGGCUAUGUUGUCUUUUGAUAAGUGUCAAUGGUUCUGGGGGUUUUAGUGGUAGUGGGUCACUGACUCGUGGGAUGUAAAGAUGCGACUUCAUUGAAGCAACGAUCGGUUUUACUUUUGAAUGAA